AUGUCUACUUCUACUGGAAAAACAAUUUCACUUCCUACAAUCAAUGAAGUUGAAGGAUAUAAGACAACGGAGGAUCUGAUAAAUUUUUUACGCGACCAAGAUAUAGGACUUGAGGAUAAGCAUUUCAAUAUUCUUCGUGAACAAGAAAUUGAUGGCUUAGCCUUCCUCAGGUUGAAUGCGGAUAAGCUCAUGAAUUAUGAUAAAUUUAGUGAAUUUGUUCUUCGAUUUAUACAAGAAAAUUCCACUGCUACUGUUGUUGAAGAAAUGAAAAAUGCAUAUCAGUUAUCACAAGGUCAGGGGAAGGAAACGGAUACAGGUUUAAGUAAGUUGAUUAACUUUACGAAUGAAGAAGAGGAAAUC